CAGACGUCGAGCGCGCGACGAUGAAGCCGAUGAACGUAUAAAGAAGCCUUCGUGGAUGGGAAGCUGUGACAUUUUUUCAUUGCCCAUCGAGCACUGCUCACCUUAGCCCAGGGAAAGGAAAUGGCGGAGCGUGAAUUUCUUACAUUUUCGUCGAGCGGACUUUUUCUACUCGUUGUUUUGCCGAGCAUCGUUGUUGCCUCCGUGAAUCUGGCUGACGUACCGUGUGGCAAAGCUUCGAUCAAUUCACGAUUCGCCCGUGUGGUUGGCGGCCAUGAUGCCGUACCGCGCGAAUUUCCCUGGCUGGUGAGCAUCACGAGAAUGGGCGGACACUUUUGCGGUGGCACAAUCAUCAAUUCUAGAUUCAUUCUCACCGCUGCUCACUGCUUGUGCUCUGGCACGACAUCGAUACCGCCCCGUCAACUUCGAGUUACUCUCGGCGAACACAAUCUGAAAGGACCCGAGACACCAGCCUCAAUCGUCGAGGGCGUUCUCAGCGUCAACGUACAUCCGGGACACAAGUGCGGACAAUACGUCGAUGACAUUGCUAUCUUGGAAUUGGCCAGGACAAUCUCUUGGUCGGACAGCGUCCAACCUGCUUGUUUACCCAGUGGCAGUGGCGAACCAGGCUACACCGGUUUUGGGGGUAGCAAUGCAGUCGCUGCGGGAUGGGGAUGGCUCGGCGAAGACAGAUCUCGAAACAAACGAACGGAUAUUCUACAAAAAGUGGAUGUUCGAGUUGUCGAGAAUGACAUUUGCAGAGAGUGGUACGAGAGUCAGGGUAAAAAGACGAGGGUCGAUAGACAUCAGAUGUGCGCAGGACACGAGGCUGGGGGCCGCGACACGUGCUGGGCGGACAGCGGCGGCCCUUUGAUGGUCGGAAGUACUGUAGUGGGCGAUGGUACAAUGGUCGUCGGUGUAGUAUCGUCGGGUGUCGGUUGCGCAAGACCACGACUUCCGGGUAUAUAUACAAGGAUCUCGGAAUAUAUUCCCUGGAUCACGCAACAAACGCUUUUCAAACGUUGAGAGUCAUUCACAUCGAUUUAAAUUAAAUUUACGGUACAACGAAUUUUCCGGUACAGCUCCUGACAGUUCGACAACUUCGAGGACCGUCAAACCUCUAUUUGAUAAUACGUUUCACUGAUCAAUAGUGCACUGCAUCGAGGUGAAGACAAAGUUAGACUCUGUAAGAAAAGACCAGUCAACUAUUGACUCUCUUUUUAAAAAUCUUCAAUAUUUAUGGAGUCGUGGUUGUUGUGAUUGAAUUAUAAAAAGGAUAGAGAUUUUUUGAGAAAACGACUCUCGGGACGUGGGCAAACCGACAAUUUUAUUCGAAAAACUAUUGCUUCGAUCUCCACUUACUCGAAACUUUGAAACAACACAAUUUUAUGAAUGUUUCAACGAAACGUAUGAAUCUCGAUCUAGUCAUUUUACUAAUUUUUAAUUAAUCGUGUAAGUAUUUGUAUUACGACAGAAGAAACAUUACCAAAAAGUAUUAUGCGUUUGGUUGCGAACACAGCUGAUAUGUAUAUAUAAGAGCGGGAGUAUGAUAAGAGCGGGAGUUGAAUAAAUAAUCGUUGGAAAUGAUUUGACAACGAAGUCGUUUUGCACUCUGGAGUGAAUAUGAUUUUGAUAAAAUUACAGAGAAUUCAUCAAACUGGACUAACGAAGAGAAACAUUCGGACAAUUAUUGAAAAAUAUUCCACGCGGGUAUUGCAUGCAAAUUAUUUUUGAUUAUGCGUUCUACGGAGUUUAUGCAUCAACGAAUAUCAUCAUAAUGAACGGUUGCUGGUUAUGAAUAGUUAAAAUU